AUGACUCUCAAGCGCAAGAGAUCCUCCCCCGAGCUCCCGUCCUCGCCAAUGUCAUUUUCCUCGGCCUUCAGCUCGCCGCCAAGCAAUGGCCCGUCCAUGCUUGACUUCACACCACGCAUGGGCCUCGUCAAUCCGUGCCAUCUCAACAGCCGCACGCUCAAGCGCUCACGCGACAACAGACCCUCCCAGGAAGAGAUUCAUCAACGCACGCUAGAACUACUAUACAACGCACAGCAACAGCAGCAAUACGAAGACCUUCCCUCGCCUUGCCCCGAUGCCGAAGCGAAUCCCGAGCAAGCGUCCCUCUGGGCAACAAAGCUACAGCCAUAUCCCUUUCUAUCCCAGUCUAUCUAUCUGAAAAAUGGCUUUCAAGCGGGCGCCAGUAGAGAGGCACCAAGCCCCAGCAAUGGCUCCGAGAGCACGCCUAUGGUCACACCAACCAGCGAUAACAAACCAGUGUCGCGGAGUGGGACCAUAGAAGAGGCAAUAGACAGGAGACGCAAGGAGAAGAGAUUGCCGCCCAUUCCCAGGACUCUAGACCGGUCAGGUCAAGUCGAAGAAGGCCAUAUGCUCCUGCAUUCAGGCUUCUCAAGAUAUGUUGUGCUACGGCCAGACAAUGUCGUCGUCAAACUGGGCUCCUACCUGAAUCUUGACGAGAUGGAUGCCAUCGCCUUCGCCAAAGGCGCUGGUAUCCGUGUCCCAGAGGUCGUGGGCUGGGGAGAGCAGACUACUGCGAGGAAACAGCAGCUUGACGUUGCCCAUCAACUGCGAGAGAUACUUGGGAUGAUGCGCAGUCUGCCCCCACCAGAAAACUACAUCGGCGGCUUCAAUAGCGACAGAAUCAUCGACGCCCGAGGCAUGGAUACAUUUAUCCGUCCUGCCCGCCGCACCGAAGAUGAGUUCAACAUGUUCCUCACGGCCGAAGAGGGGAUGCCGGAGUCGAUCAAGCAAGCAUGGAGAAAUGGAAUUGGCAAGCACUGCAUCGUCUAUUCACACUGCGAUAUCGCGCCAAGGAAUAUCAUGGUGCGAGAUGGUCGCAUUGUUGCCCUCAUUGACUGGGAGGGCGCGGGCUGGUAUCCCGAGUACUGGGACUAUGUCAAGCUGAUGCAUUUCAUGGACAAGUGUCCGGGCUGGAAAGCUCUCGUGGACGAAAUCUUUCCAAAGAGCUAUCAUAUGGAGCUACUACUUUACAGCGGUCUGGUUUACUACCAAGAGCGAUGGGACAACGAUCUCUACCAGUCCAAGAAAGGCCGAAAUCAAGAGCUGCACAAAAGGGGACUGCCAGAGGAGCCCCGCGCUGCCGACCGAUGA